GGAGUCGAUAUCGAACAGUAUGUUCUUCCUAGCCUUUCCGUGGAGCAACAGACGAAGUAUACGUCGCGGCUGAUGCUGAAGGGCACGUUGCGGCAGCAGACGGUACUUUGGAGUACAGUCCAGAGCGUACGAUGGAGCAGAAAGGUGAUUCGCGUGGGAGCACUACGCAGGUGGCUGACGUCGCCCUGUGGCGAUAUAAAGGGAGGAGAAGGGGAACGCGCGCUUCUCUCCCUCUAUCGCUUCCAUUGUCGCAGGAUAUAUCUUCAUCGUUGUCUUCGACAUUGCAGGACCACUCAUCAUGCCCCUCUUCGGCGGUCGCACUCCUCGCGCCGCACCCACAGACGCUGGAUAUUAUCACCAUUACCAUCGCCGCACAACGCAUCAGCGCAAGCCCCCGCUCAUGACGCGUCUGAAGCACGCCUUUGGGCUCGGGUCGAGCGGCUCCCGCGGGUAUCGCACCCACGAGAUCACACAUCGCAGCGUUGGCACUGGGCAUCACAAUGGUGGCAGUGGGCAUCGGUCCAUCGGUAGCUCGGGUUACCCCACCGGUCACCAUCAUCGCUCGACGGGCGCGGGGCACCAUCACUCGGGCGGCACGGGCUAUCGCGACCAUACCGGCUCGACUGCCUAUCGCGCAGGCAGCGGUCCUGACCAGCGCGCCAUCCAUAUCCGCGCCCCUACCCCCACUUACGAUACCACACCCGCGUACGGCUACGGCCACGGAACGCAGUCCUCGCACGGCCAUGGCCACUCGUCGUCCCAUAAACACUCGCAUUCGCCACAUAAUUACGGACAUGCAUCCUCCCGCUCCAGCCACGGCCACUCGUCGCACAAGCACCGCAGCCAUUCACCCGCACCCGUGGUGUAUGCUGGCUCCACUCACGGCUACGGUCAUACCUAUGGCCAUUCGCCCGUAUAUGGGUAUGCGGCUACAGGCUCGUCGACGCGGUCGCACGGAGGACACUACAAUCACGGCUACGUGCCGUCGACGGCGUCCACUCAUCGUACCCAUCGUAGUCACCAUCGGUACUGAUCCACUGCUCAUGACAGAGUGGUAUUGCUGUGGCUAGCAUAGUACUUUUAGCGGUAUCCUUAUGGGCAGUAUUUUCGACGUACGACGACACCCCAUGUUUCUCUGGUUUUGGUGGGUCACGCACGACCCUUGGUCUUCUUCU